GGGCCGAGCUUGACGCCCCGUCGCCUCCCCUCGCGCCCAGGGAUCUGCGAGUGACCCGACCACCACCUCCCGGCUGCAUGGAGCGGCUGCAGAAGCAACCACUUACCUCCCCCGGGAGCGUCAGCUCCUCCCGAGACUCCAGUGUUCCCGGCUCUCCCUCCAGCAUUGUGGCCAAGAUGGACAACCAGGUGCUGGGCUACAAAGACUUGGCUGCCCUCCCCAAGGACAAGGCCAUCCUGGACAUCGAGCGGCCUGACCUCAUGAUCUACGAGCCCCACUUUACCUAUUCUCUCCUGGAGCACGUGGAGCUGCCCAGAAGCCGGGAGCGCUCGCUGUCACCCAAAUCCACAUCCCCCCCUCCGUCCCCAGAGGUGUGGGCGGAGAGCCGGUCCCCUGGAACCAUCUCUCAGGCUUCAGCCCCAAGAACCACUGGGACCCCCCGAACCAGCCUGCCCCACUUCCACCAUCCUGAGACCACCCGCCCAGAUUCCAACAUCUACAAGAAGCCACCCAUCUACAAGCAGAGAGAGUCCAUGGGAGGCAGCCCUCAGAGCAAGCACCAGAUUGAGGACCUCAUCAUUGAGUCAUCUAAGUUCCCUGCAGCCCAGCCCCCCGACCCCAACCAGCCAGCCAAGAUCGAGACUGACUACUGGCCAUGCCCCCCAUCACUGGCUGUUGUGGAAACAGAAUGGAGGAAGCGGAAAGCAUCCCGGAGAGGCGCAGAGGAGGAGGAGGAGGAGGAAGACGAUGACUCCGGGGAGGAGAUGAAGGCUCUCAGGGAGCGCCAGAGAGAGGAACUCAGUAAGGUCACUUCCAACUUGGGAAAGAUGAUCUUGAAAGAAGAGAUGGAAAAGUCAUUGCCUAUCCGGAGGAAAACCCGCUCCCUGCCCGACCGGACACCCUUUCAUGCCUCCUUGCACGGUGGAACAUCAAAGUCAUCUUCCCUCCCGGCCUACGGCAGGACCACCCUGAGCCGGCUGCAGUCCACAGACUUCAGCCCGACCGGGAGUGAGGCCGGAAGCCCAGGCCUGCAGAACGGAGAGGGCCAGAGGGGGAGGAUGGACCGGGGAAACUCCCUGCCCUGUGUGCUGGAGCAGAAGAUCUAUCCCUACGAAAUGCUGGUGGUGACCAAUAAGGGGCGAACCAAGUUGCCUCCAGGUGUGGAUCGGAUGAGGCUGGAGAGGCAUCUGUCAGCGGAGGACUUCUCCAGGGUGUUCGCCAUGUCUCCCGAAGAGUUUAGCAAGCUGGCUCUGUGGAAGCGGAAUGAGCUCAAGAAGAAGGCUUCCCUCUUCUGACCGCCCCGCACUCCGCACUCCGUGACCGACCCUCACCCCUGCUGCUCUCUGGAGCUGGGUCACUGGACCCUAAA